GUCUAUGCUGUCUCUGCAUCAACUUAAGUCAAACUAAAACCGAACUAGGCUCACUAAAGUUAACUGCUGAAACUAACCCAGACUAAGUACCACUGCUGCUCACCCACUGGUUGAGCGAUUUUCUGGUAACCCCGUCUGUCUUGUCUAGUCUAGUCGUGAUGAUUGUCGACUCGCUCCCUCCCUCUCUCUUUUUAGUCUCUACUACUGUAUCCGUAAACUUCCUUCCAUUCUUCUUCGACCUUAUUCUUCUUCCCUGCCAUCCGCACAGUCCAUUGUCUUCCCGACUCUGGCCUUCGGCUGCCACCGCACUGCGUCGCAGUUGUUCCGCAUAGGUACGUGGAGCUUGUCGUCUCGCGGAUGAGAAUUUAAUUCCUCCUAGCUAGGAGGUGCGAGGACUGGCGUGCUUUGAAAAGUAGUGGCUCACCCUUAUGCAUCCUCAACAGGUCUUCCUGGACAACAGUGC